AUGGGCGUGCGCGCAGUGCUGGACCUGCGGCUGCUGGUGCGGCCGGCGCGCGCCGUGUGUGCGCUGCGCGCGCUGGCCGCUGAGCGCGCCGCGCGCCGCGCCGACCAGCUCGCGCUCGCCGCCUCCUGGGACGACGCCGAUGAUUGGAGUGCGGAGGGCGGCGAGAGUUCGAGCCCGUGCGUUUCGGUGGUGGGGCUGCGGCUGUGCGGGUGCGUGUGGCGCGGCGCGCUGGCGCCCGCGCCGGCCGCCGCCAGCGCGCACGCCGCCGCGCCCCCCUUGCGCCUGCGCUACCUGCCGGUACGCACACACACACACACACACAUACACACACACCAGCGCCGCCCGCCGCCAGCGCGCACGCCGCUGCGCUCCCCUUGCGCCUGCGCUACCUGCCGACUAAUAAAGGAAAAAAAGUACAAGCACUGCCAAAGCCUCUCUUUGCCCAGCUGCUCAAAGUCUCUAAAUAAUAUUGAAGGUACGUCAUCUGAUAAUGUGAAAGCCGGAUUUCAGAGCUAUGGCUUGCAACCAUUUUCACCUUCUACCGUUUUGAACAAAUUACCAAGGUACACGUCUCAGGCAGAUGUUUGCGAUUCUAUUGGUACAAGUUUCAUAAACUACAUAGAAGAAAUAAGGCAAGGAGAUUUGCAUGUGAAGAAAGGAAGAAAAUUUCAAUUACCUGUUACGGCUGGGAAAAGCGUUUCGGCUGAGGAGGUCAAAAAAUAUUAUGAAGAAAGAGACAAUACAAACAAAAGUAUAGGACUAAAGGGAGCUGAAAGCGACGCGCAAACCAAGAAAAAAGGACGACCCCUGGGUUCUAAGAACAAAAAGAAAAAGAAGAUUAAUAAUGAUACAGAAGAAGAAAAAAAUAAAGAUUUUGACAGGGACCAGAUUAAAAAUGGAGAAGCAGAAGAUACAAUCACUGAAAAAAAUAGUGAUAAUAAGUCUGAAAAAAUUGAAAGAAAAGUAAUAAUAGUAGAAGCUUUAGAUCACCAACCUCCUAAACUUUCCAAGACAUCUGCUGGUGACUUAAGCAACGCUUUUGAAAAUCAAGUCAUGGCAGAAGAUAUGAUCCAGGAAGAAAGCCCUGACUUAGACAUAGGAAGUGAAGUGAUUUUAAUAGAUGAAGACAUUAUAGAAGAAUAUAUAGUAGAUGAGAAAAGUGGUGAAUUAAAGGGCGUGACGACUGAGAAGUGUACAGGCAAGGGAGACGUUAAAGUCCCGAAAUUAAAAGAGGGUACAGGGUAUAUUGUGUCUUUAGAGAAGAGGAGUACUGAAACACCAUUGACUUCGGCUAGAACGCUGGAAGUUCCUGUUUACAACAACGAAUCUCGGGAAGAAUUAUUAUUUCACGUCAAUGCACCGCUUGCACCGGACUUCGACAAAGACACCGCCAUUCUAAAUGCCAUCGCCUUGUUUAUCGGUCCUAUUGAUUAG